GGAACAUCGAGAUCCCGAAGCUUCCAGAGCCCUACCAGGAAGGAAGCGCCGGGGCCUUCUUGGAGUGGGUGUACGAAACUGGCCAAGUGGUGGGAUCGAUAACGGAUCGCGCUGCGGUUUGGUGGGACAACAACCUGGCUCUGGCGCUGCAGGCGUACAAGAGGUUCCAGCUGGAAUCGCCCUUGAACCGCUUGAAGAUCCAAGUCGGAGAGGCGACGGGUGUGGAUGAGCAGAAAUGGUCGCGGCUGGAGAAGCGGGUCAAGGACUGUCUCUUCAAGUUGUACUCCAUCUACGAGACUGUCCUGGAUGUGACUUUGGCCUUGAGGAAAUGGAAGAGGCUGUUGGGCCGUGCUUCCGAGAUGGGUGUUUCGUUGCCGGAUGGAUCUGUUCUGUUGGUGGCUGUCGAGGCGGCAACUCGUAAGGUGGUGGAGGGGCAUAAGGACAUAGCCUUUAAGCUCAACAUGGCCAAGCAGAAUCUGCAGCUACCCCAUCUUCCCUUGGUGGCAUCGGUGUUAACGUAUGUGGAUCAUAUCUUGGCUGAGUUGCAGCAGGUGAUCCCCUUAGGGAACGACGCCAUUAAGCUUAAGGGCCUCCAGUCCGACCCCAGCUCACCUACGUCCUCAACCAACAGUCCUACAAGACCUGGCGGAGCGAAGAAUGCUUGCAAGCACUUUCUCUCAGAUGAUGGAUGUAGAAGGGGAUCGUUGCGCAAGUACGCGCAUGACUUCGCGUCCAAAGACGAGAAGAGGACAGAAGCACAAGCGCUGCCAACGACAGAUACUACUUCCUCUGCGGCUUCAACGGUCCUUCUGAACAAGAACAAGGAGAAGGCUCUGCAGGCCCAAACCCACAUGAGUGUGGGGGAGCUUGAUGGAGUGAUUCGGUCUCUAGGACUGGUGGAUGGCGAGCCGUCAGCCCUUCUGGACAGCGGAGCUUCUCACCCCUACCGUGCGCCUCGUGACAACAAGGAGCACCAUGAGGCGAAGCGGGUUGCAGUGCAGCUAGCUGAUGGACGAACUGUACGCCUGCGCCAAACCAGUGGAGGGACUCUACUUCCAGCUGCCGAGCUCUACGGCAUCCUGCACCAUUUUGUGUUUCAUCCUCGAUAUGGUUUGCUUCCGACCAAGUUGGUGGGCAACUGUCCAGUUCUCCGAGAGCAUGAAGCUUUGCAGCUGAUCAGUGACUUGGAGGAUUUAGAACUGGCCCGCCUUCGAGACCAAACGAUGGUUGGAGCAGUCCAGACUCUGGAUAUGGACGGCUCCUCUCUGAUGGAUUGGCGUUCGCACUUGGAGGAAUUCCUUAGCAGUGGCCAGCGGAUCUCCCUGAGAAGGAUGCUUCGUGAUCAAGGAUGUCCUCUUUAUGAAGAAGGUGAGUCGAAGCGCAUGGCCAUUGUCGGAGACUUGGAUUUGAACUUCUCGGAGUCUGCGGGUGUGAAGUUUCUCAAAGCCCUACCUUUCAGUAGGGCGCGAAGGCGAAGGCUGCUAAGGACACGUUGGGCUGUUCACUUGUUCAGUGGCGAGGAUGGAGUGAAUGAGUUCAUGGCCUUGGAAAAUGAUGAUACCACUGUAGUGAAUGUGGACGUUCGUGUGUCGAACGGCUUGGACUUGAUGGAUGAUGGGGUGUUUCGAGCCCUCAUGCGGGCAGCUGGUCGAGGUCAAGUUGAGGGUGUCUUUGGAGGACCUCCUCGAGGGUCAGGUGAAGGGCCACCUCUCUUGAUCAGCCGAAUGAUGAUGCUGUGGAUGUUAGCGAGCCAGGGAGCAGCCCGGGAAGGACUUCGCACGCCGUUCUUUGCCAUGGAGCUGCCGCCGAGACAUCCUUUCUGGAGGAGUUCUACAUGGGAGCGCUUCAAUGCUGAGUAUGACUUCCCAAUAGUUCAAGCUCAUGGUUACUUCUUUGCUACAGACAUGGAUGUUCAGGGAGCCCCUGUCACUUUGGAAGCUCUGAGUGAGGAGAACCGGAGUCCUAUAUCGACAUGGUCUUCCUUGGCACGUUCGCGGCUGGCGAGUGGCAUGGCUUCCUGGAGGCAAAGCACUAGGCAGAGCUUCGACAGUGGGAGGCUCGCAUACGCAAUGGGCACGUCCCAUACAGUCGCCAUUGUGCCACCUGCGUCCGUACAGCAGGGUUUCAAGGACGAAGAGAUCCCCGAAGCCCCAAAUAUCGACGAGGAGGAACCAGAGGACCCGUUCGAGCCGGCAGAGGAUGACAUGAACUUGGGGGCCAACCCCGGAGAUGAGCGCCCUCGAGCACCAGUUGAGGAGGAGGACGAGUACCAGAAGGCCAUGAACCAGAGGUUUCAGAACGUGUUUAAGGACAUUGGGGACAACAUUGAGUACCAAACCCUGCAGUACAUGGUUCCCUUGAAGACUAAGACUGCUGCAGAGGUGUUCAAGGCCAUACGCCACUUGUACUUGAGCAUCCGGCGAGAAGGUUUGGUCAUUGUUCGACUACAUUCGGACCGAGCGCGGGAGUUCUGCACUGAGGAGCUCCGUGAUUGGUGCGAGGCUCACGACAUCAUGCCAACUACUGGGGAGUCCCAAGCUCCUCAGCAGAAUGGACGAGCUGAAGCUGCUGUUAAGCAGCUCAAAACAAGGGCUAAAACGCUUCUUCGAGCCAGCGGACUUCCUCCUGACUGCUGGGCCUUGGCUAUGAGGUUUGCAGCUGCGAAGCAGAGAAUGGCGGCACUCAACUUAAAGGAUGACUCUGAUGGCGCAUCUUUUGGAGCUGUGGUGCACUGCAAGGCCAAGUUGUUUGGGGAGGGCGGUCGACAUGAUCUUAAGGAGACUUGGACCCAAGGCCGCUUUGUUGGAUGGUCGGAUGACGUGGCGCAUGGCAAGGUCGUUCGUUUGGAUAAUGGGGGCUUCAUCACCACAACCCACAUCCGACCGUUUCUCAUUGACGCUGAUGACCUGGUGGCUUUGGAUCCUUUGGAGGCCCAUGUGCCGGUGCCUGAGAGACGGGAGCUAGCUCGAACUUUACUUGAAGAAGAUCGGUGCACCAUUCAGGAUGCUGUUGGGUUCUGGGAGGUUGCCAGAAAAUACUCAACGCCCAGGGCAAGAGCAUUCUUUCAUGGCGAGCAUCCCAGCUACUUCUCUACUGGUUUGUAUGCGCACGGAGGCUUCACUGGGCUCCUCACGAACACGUACGGGUAUCCCGUGACCACGGCCUACCUGACCAAGGUCUUCGAGAACUAUGCUGGCCAGGAGACUUUUACUACUUUGACUGUGUCGGAUGAUGUUGGCAUGCGCUGCCAUAGAGAUGUUCAUAACGAGAGGAACACCGACAACAUCCUGGUGCCGUUGAUCGCAAGCGAUGGAGGGGGCGUCUGGAUUGAGUCGCUUCCUGAAAAUCACCGAUGGGAUGAUGUAUGGAGGCAGAUCCCAAAUGGUGAAUGGAGAAGAGGCCAAGUCCAUGAGCUCAAGGCAGGAUCUCCUUUGAGAUUUAGUUCACGGCUGUGGCAUGCAACAGAGCCCUGGGAAGGCCGACGCCUUUUGCUCAUGGGCUAUACCCCGCGCAUGAAGGCCGUGACACAGCCCACAUAUGACUCCUUGCUGGAUGCUGGCUUCAAUCCUCCUGUGUUGAAGGGCCAUGAUUUUGUGACACCCACGUUGAGCAUGAUGAACCUAGCAGCGGAAGAUGCUCGUGUGGACGCUGUAGUUUUUCUUGUACAAGAAGGGUCGCGCCGCCGAAAGGACAGACCUAAUCAAGCCCUACGAGAUGUACAUGCCCUGCAAGAAGACAUCCUAGCACGCCUUGGUCAACGAGCUGAGUUCCUGAAUGAUAUCUUGGCCGAGGAGGAGAUGCUGGCAAGUGAGUUGGCGGAUGUGAGCCAGCUCGUCAAGGAAGAGGCUAAUGAAGCCAAAGAGUUGGUCAUGGACUUGCUCAAGGAUGUUCAGUCUCAGAUCGAUGCGGUUCUAAGAGAGUCCUCGAACCACUUUCUUCGGGCAGCGUUCUUGGCUGAGGAGGAGAGCGAGGCCCUUGGAGAUUUGGAAGCUUGGCUAAGCAGCUUGGAGGAAGAUCUGGGAGUCACACUGACAGUACCCCUAGACCAAGUGAAGGCCAACUUAGAAAAAUGGGUGGACUCUAUUUCACAGGAGCUGUCCAACGUCGAGCGGGGCACGGGGGCUGUAGAACGCAUUUCCUAUGCCGCGGCCAGAGCCUUGGAGGCACAGGGCAAACUCCGUUUGAUACCAGGCAAAAUGGUCUUCACCGUGAAACCUCCUGCGGAACCUUCAUCGACUUCGUCUACAAGAGCAAGAUGGAAGAGAAAGUCAAGGUUGGUCAUCUGCGGCAAUCGUGUUGGGAUCGAUGCCGAUCACACACGCGACCCUCUGUAUGCGGCGGGUGCUUCAGCUGAGAGUCUGAGGGUAGCUUUGUGUUUGGCAUCUGCAGCAGGUUGGUCGGCCGGGUCGACGGACAUCACAGGAGCGUUCCUUCUUGCAGUUUGGCCGAAAGACAAGCCAACCUAUGGGGUCAUACCACCACGAAUCCUCAUCCAGGCCGGCCUGAUCGACGAGAAUACGGUCCUCCUUGUGAAAAGGCCGUUGUAUGGCUUGAGGGAGGCACCAGCCCUGUGGGCAGCCUACCGCACCGAAAGGCUGAAGGAGACUAAGAUCGAGUUCAACGAUGGCGUCUUGGUUCUGCAGCCUUUGGUUUCGGAUAGCGAGCUGUGGCUGAUACUGUAUGUAUCUCCCGAGGCGGAGACCCCAGAGCUCUAUGGCCUCAUGGUAACGUAUGUGGACGACAUCCUGUACCUGGCCUUGCUUACAGUGAUGAGGGCGGUUCAUGGGGCUGUGUCAAGUAUGUGGCCAUGUUCGUCUCUUGAGCUGGCGACCAAACCUGGCGGUCUUCGGUAUUUGGGUAUGGAGCUUGAAGAGGAGGAAGGCGUGUUCGUUUUGGGGCAGCGAGGCUACAUCGACAACCUCGCCAAAAGCUAUGGCUUGGCAGCAGAGGCGGGAGGUGGCCUUCCAUGCCCUAAAGACUGGCUGUUCGAUGACGAGGACAAUGCUGAAGAAGAAAAUUUCUCCGAGGACGAAUUGCGUCGAGGACAAAAAAUAGUUGGAGAGUGUCUUUGGCUCGCCUACAGAACACGUCCAGACCUUGUCUUCAUCACGAAUUUUAUGUCGUCAGUAGUCGGGAAGCGUCCAUGCUUCACGACACGAAUCGGCAUGAAAGUCCUUGCCUACCUCAAUGGCUCCGCUGGACUCCGAAUCACCAUGAAUGGUGUUAGCGACGAGGCUGAGCUGGUGGAAGGUUCGACAUGUGCUUUGCUGCUGGAAUCAGUUCAGGCCCUUCUGUCAGAAGCUUGUGGUUACGCUGGAGUUCCGCGACUGCUUAUAGACAAUGCUGCUGCUAGCAGCCUGCUUAACUGCUCUGUAGGCUCAUGGCGUACAAGGCAUCUGAGGGUGCGUUACGCGUACGUUGUGGACAAGGUUACGACCAAUCAGUUGGAGGUGGCGCAUGUUCCUGGCGAAAGACAGUUGGCUGAUCUGCCAACUAAGCUCCAUGGGAGAUCACGAUUGGUACAGCUACUGGACCUGUGGGGCAUGUGCGGCAUACCAGAACUUAGCCAAGCGAAAGUCCUUCAGCUGAUUACUCUGUCGUGUGUUUUCUGCAUGAUGCUAGCGGUCCAGUCUUUGGGGGCAUGGGGGGCAGAUUUCUCAAAGGAACCAUUGCCUUCGACCGGAGCUUGGGAGCUGACAUUUGUACUUACCUUGUCAUGCGUAGCCGCUGUGUUUGUUUGGGAGCUGAUAAAGAGGUUUUUCAAAUGGGUGCACAGUCUUUGCUGCGGUACUCGGAAGAGUCAACAGCUGCGGCGGCUGAGAGAUAUGGCACGCCUGGCGGCAGAAGCUGAGUUGGACCGAGCCAUGGAUGUGGCCAGCGAGGCAGAGAUGCGUCAGGCUCGGUCGUCUGUGACACAGGUCGUUUUGGCAUCACUGCAGUAG